AUGGAAAAACCAGAGAAUCACCGUGAGGGCACCCUGGGUGACUGGCUGUCGACAGACUUCAGGUUAACCACUCAGCGGGAUCUCAGGCUUCUCAUCCUUAGGUCGCUGGUUCGAAUCCGGCUCGAAGGACCAAGAAUUAUGUCAGAGGAUUACCGCCUCCAGCGGGCUGACUCCAACCUGGAUCACAGAACUGAGAGGAGAGAAACAGAUCAAACACAGACAAAGAGAUUUCUUGUACAAGGGCACCCUGCUCAGCUCACCUCACAGAGUGAUCGACUGCUGGUGGACGAGUCUUCAUCUUCAUCAUCUUCAUCAUCUUCUUCAUCUUCAUCAUCCUCAGCGUCGCAGCAGGCGGCUGCAGCUGCAGAGCUGCAGGACAAAUGCAUCAAACUGCAGGAGGUCGUCGACAAAAUGGUCGCCGUGGUAAUGAAGAUGGAGCGUCUGGUGACGUCACAGCAAGGCAUUCAGGACCUGGAGGAGUUUCAGUUUGGACCCGAAGGCAGGAAGAUUCCUCUGUUCCACAGCUGGAGCUCCAAACAGCUGGAGGAGUCGUGUCACUUCCUGUUGGCUGCCUACAGCCAGGAGCUGCAGCUCAAACGGACCAUCCUACAGGAAGUGGCCCACACCAUGACCCCUGACCUCUGCCUCGUCUACCUGUCCUGCUGGCUCCACCAGCCCUUCAUCCCCCCCCACAGCCGGCUGACGCUGGAGGCUCUGCUGCUGGAGACUGGACACCGGCCGCUAUGACACCUGCUCACCUGUGUGACAUCAGCUCACCUGGUUCACUGAUUGGCUGCAGGAAGCUUCAGUCACCAGAACUCACGGUGUGUUUACAGACGACUCUUUCAUUGUGUGUUCUGGACUUUGUUGUUGCAAUUGUUGUAAUACUCACUGAAAAUACAAAUACUGCAGUAUAAAUA